UGAUCUGAUACUGGUCUUCGUUGUCCCCUCCACCUGUCCGUGGGAGGGGCCCCGGUCCCGGUGUGUCUCAGGAUCAUUCCCUCGGGUUCCUGCCGCUGAUCCCUCUCAGCUGACGUCAGGAGAAAUGGCGGACCAGGAUGGCAGCGACACAUCUCCUCCGGAGUCCCAAGCAUCGUACUCUCACUUUAAGUCGGAGGAUGGCACCGUGUCUUCAACUACCCGUCCCAGCUCUGCGGGCUCUGGGCAGACCUACACUCCCACCCUGACCCCUACACCCACUCCUACACCUAGUCGCACCACCAACAGCAACAGCCCCAGUAACAAUGCUGGCACCAAAACAGACUCGCUGCUCUUCAACAAGAUUGACGAGAGACUUAGGUUGGCCCGUGAGCGCCGGGAGGAGCGUGAGAAACAGAAUGCUGCCAAGGAGGCCCAGUGGCAGGCCCGUGAGGAACGAGCCAGGCAGCACUAUGAGAAACACGUGGAGGAGAGAAAGAAAAAGCUGGAGGAGCAGCGGGUAAAGGAGGAAAAGAGACGGGCUGCCGUGGAGGAGAAACGUCGGCAAAAAAUAGAGGAAGACAGGGCUCGUCAUGAGGCAGUGAUUCGCAGGACUAUGGAGAAGGGCCAGAAAACCAGACAGAAGCCCAACCGUUGGUCUUGGGGAGGAACUCUGCAGACAAACACUCCCUGCACAACAGCUGAUGCUGACAGGCGCUCAGUGUCCACAAUGAAUUUAUCCAAGCAUACAGACCCUGUCAUUACCAAGCGCCUCUCUUCCUCCUCUGCCACACUCCUGCACUCACCAGAUCGAGGCUUACAGAUGAGAACAGUCUCCUCCCCUGUCAUAUGCAAAGCUCAGUCCAAACCCCACCUACAUCAGGGAAAGACCAGCCAACAGAAAAACACAGGAUUGCGCCGCCUUCCACUGACGCCAUGGGAGAGCAACAUGGUGAACCGCCUGCAGCAGCCAACACACUCCUACCUGGCCCGCAGCCGCAGUGCAGUGAGUCUGUCAGGAGACCAAUCAGCCAUGCCUGUGUGUCCUCGCUCAGUGUCCUGCCACCCCAUGGGCUCAAUGUCCUUCAAGGCCCUGCAGGCACAGCCACUGCCUCACUGUCGCAGCCAGGAGAGGAACCUCAGCAGAGACGCAGCUUCCUCGUCUUUAAACACCCCGCGCAGGAGGACAACCGGAACAACACAGCGGCAAAAAGACCGUGACAAUGUCAGGAAGUCAUGGAGCAACCUGACACUUCCAUUUGCUCCUGUUCUCUCAUUGCCCCCAAGCAAGCGCUCCUCUUCCCCGAUCAAGAAGAGCGGUAAAGUGACAGCACCCUCUCCUGGCAGACCUCCACAGAAACCAGUGGGGCGCCCUCCAACCCCCAAGUUACUAAAGUCUCCAGGGGCGGAAGAUCCUGGAAAUCUUCGUCCUGUCAGGAUCACACCUGAGAGUUCCCACCCUUCAACCCCCACCAGAGGAGAGGAGGAUGAUGAGCAGGUCCUCAGCCCUCCUCAGCCUCGACCUCAGCCACUGGGUCAGAACAAGAGCUCGAAUGAGCAAACGGCAACCAGUGAGAGUGUAAGCAGUCCACCAGCUCACAAGCCUUCAGCGGGCACCACAGACCCGGAGGAGGCGAGUCGUAUCCUGGCCGAGAAACGACGGCUGGCCCGCGAGCAGAGAGAGAGGGAGGAAGAGGAGCGCAGGCAACAAGAGGAGCAGGCAAGAUUAGCGAAGGAGGAGUUGGCUCGCCGAAAGGCAGAGGAGAGAGCAAGGAGAGAAGAGGAGGCUCAGCGCCAGGCCGAGGAGAGGAGGAAGAAGGAGGAGGAAGAGGAGAGAAAGGCAGAGGAAGAAAGACUUCGGAAAGAGCGAGAAGAGGCGGAGAGACUACAGAAACAGAAAGAGGAGGAAGAGGCUCGACAGAGAGAGGAGGCGGAGCGACUGAGGCAGGAGAGAGAGAGGCACUUCCAGAAAGAGGAGGCUGAACGUCUGGAGAGAAAGAAGCGUCUUGAGGAGAUCAUGAAGAGAACACGGCGUUCAGAGACAACAGAAAAGAAGGUCAGAAAUGGAGACAAUGCAGUGAACCCAGCCUCUCCUGCUGCGUCAGCAGCGACUGAGACGCCAACACACAAUAGUAACGGCAACUUAAGCCAACCAGAUCCCACCCCAAACCCCAGCAACACAGCACUGAGCCAUCCUGACCAGAGGGAGAAUGGGGAGUUUGAAGAGGUGCUUGUACUGCCUUCACAUUCCAGGUUGUCUCCUCCUGAAGGAGAGGAGGAGCAACAGCAACAGCAGGAGGAUGACAGAGUUCCUGUCCUAGCCUUCUCAGAGAAUGGUCUACUGAAACCUCUAAGCAGAGUAGAUGAUAUAUCAGCCCAGCAGGGAGCAGAUGUUGCCUGAUGCCCUGAUGCAACAUGACGAUUCCACACCCACAGACAUGAAGGAGAGGUCAAACAGAGAGGUGGAGAAGUACAGAGCUGUUGGACUGAAUCAGUAGGACAACUCUCAGCACUAGAUUCUUCCUUUCUUCCUCUCCUGUGACAGAAUAGCACUGUUCCCAAAGAUGGUGUCUCCAAACAUCUUGCAAGGGCAUCCCUGAGAGAGAUUACUCUUCCCUCAUCCUGCACUCUUUGAGGCAAAGCUUGUUUUUCUGUAUCUGAACAUGAUUACACUUGGUCAUCAUGUAUGUUCUGUGUAUAGCCACAGGUUUCCCUGAUUCUUAAAUGAAUGUCCUGAAAUCACAGGAGGGCAUUGAGUUUGUAUAGUCUUGUGAUGUGCGUGAUUGAGAGCGUGAAUGAGAAACUGACAAAAAUGUAAAAACUAAGAUCAGCUGUCAGUCAGCAGCUGUGAUACUUGAACUUUUUUGAACUAUUUUUCUGUAGACAGAUUGUGAUCAGUGAUGUGACUUUAGCUCAGGCUCCAAUCUAGCUUUGUUUAUGAAUUUUUGUCUCUAACUGGAACCUUAUGGUUCUUACAAGGUAAUAUUUCUACAGAAAUGUGAGAAAUAAAGUGUGCUACAGGAAUGA